GUUUGUUUAUGUUGCAAUUUGUUAGACGUUGACCCACUUUUUUGGGGGAAAUGCCUGGACUACAACCACGAGUCCAAUGUGACAAGCAUCAAGGUCUGUGAUGUAAGCAGUUUUUUUUGCGAACCAAUCGGAGUACGCCUUCAAUUAUUUGUGUUCAUGUGAGUCAGUGAACCUAUAGUAAACCCACUUCCUAGAAAGCAAAAUUAGGGACCCAAAUGGCCUCAGUAUGGCAAAAAAUUUAUUCAAUUCACCAGUGGAUUCUGGAGAAUGGAGACAAGAGGACAGAUCCAUGGCUGCUUGUGUACUCCCCUAUCCCUAUACUUGUUGUCUUCCUUUGUUAUCUUGGUGUGAUUUGGAUGGGGCCGCGAGUGUUGAAACACAGAGAACCUGUUGACCUCAAGCUUGUGCUCAUAGUGUACAACUUCACAAUGGUAUGCCUAUCUGCCUACAUGUUCUAUGAGUUUCUGGUCACAUCAUGGCAGGCAAACUACAGUUACCUCUGCCAACCUGUUGAUUACAGCACAAGCCCACUGGCAAUGAGGAUGGCUAGUGUAUGCUGGUGGUUCUUUUUCUCCAAGGUCAUAGAACUCAGUGAUACGAUAUUUUUUAUUCUGAGGAAAAAGAACAACCAGCUGACCUUCCUCCAUGUUUAUCAUCAUGGUACCAUGAUCUUCAACUGGUGGGCUGGAAUCAAAUAUGUGGCUGGGGGACAAUCAUUCUUUAUCGGCCUGCUCAACACCUUUGUCCACAUAGUGAUGUACUCCUAUUAUGGUCUGGCUGCACUUGGACCUCACAUGCAGAAGUACCUGUGGUGGAAGCGCUAUCUGACCUCAUUACAACUGCUCCAGUUUGUGUUGCUAACCACACAUACAGGGUACAACCUUUUCACAGAGUGUGAUUUUCCUGACUCCAUGAACAUGGUCGUGUUUGCUUACUGUCUGAGCCUCAUUGGACUGUUUAGCAACUUCUAUUAUCAGAGCUAUCUCAAGAGGAAGAGCAAGAACAAAUAACACAAUUGUUAUUUGUCACAAUUUACGAUUAUUAUUUGUCAGUAGUUGUUUGUGAUUUUAUACCAGUAACAAUGUUUAUCAUGUCAUGUGGACUUAAUUUUCUAUCUGUGUGUGAUGCUUAAAGAGUAACUAAACAUCAAACCCUCUCUUUGAGUUAAACUCCUAAUAUUAAUACUCAUGCAUAAAGUUAUGGUCUUCUGGAGUUGAUUGCUAAUAGAUUUGUCAUCUCUGCAAUCUCUGGAGUGUUUAUCUUUUCACAAUUUGAUGGUAAAUUCUUGCUUUAUUGCCCCUAGUGGUUAAUACUUUCAGGAGAAAUGCAUGAUUUACACGAGUGCUUUUUUAAAGGUUCUCUGAUAUUUGGUCGUGGUCAUGUAUUGCUUCAAGCAUUUCGAGGAAAUCCCAAGAUGAAUACUUUUGAAAAAAAUCUCAUAUGUACAACUUUUCACCAGAAAGCAUACCUUACAAAAAAUGAAGGGGUUGGCUAAGGCCAAAAUUGGGACGUGUACUUACUCUCUAAAAGGGCUUUGCUGUGUCCAGCAGAGGGCAGAUUCUGCCUAUCAUCUGGUUUUGAACUCCACUUGCCAUGUUGAUCACUUUAUACUUCUGUGUGUAUUUUAACUUGUAAUGCAAAAAUGUUUCUUAAUUUACAAUUAUAUUCAUUUUUUGCCUGCUGAAAUCAAGGGCAUGCAAUAGUCUCGCGGAACACAAUUGUAAAAUCAUUUAAUUUUUAACUUGAAAAUAACAGUCAUAUUAUUGCUUAAACAAACUGUACAGUUUAUAUACAUAAUAAAGUAUUAACUGUUACAGA